CUCCAUUCGUUUAUCCGUUCAACAUUGGAACAUCUGCACCCUGCAAGCAAAUUCGCUGGUGGCGUCGCAUCGGCAAAAGCAAGCCCCGAGCCCCUGAGCGCAAGUUCAUCUCGCUUUGGUAGACGGGGUCGGUCUCAGAAGGAUGAGCCGGACGUUUAGGUUACGCUGGCUAGCGCUGGUUUGGAGGCUCUGCUGCCUGAUCUGCAGCGAAUGAACCGGCUUUUUCGCGCCCAGAGGUGAUCCUCUUUCGUCGCGGCGUCGGAGGCGCAAAGACAGUGGAUACAUGAAUCUAGACUUGACGCAUGCGAUGUUUCUGGGGCGCGAGGGGGGCCCUAGCACCAUGCCCCCCUUGGUAUAAAAGCCAGCGUCGCGUUUUCUACGACAUCUUGCGGCCGCCCUGUUGUGAUUUUUAUUGCAGUCGUUGCUUUGGCGGGGGAAACGGCUUGCAACAUUUUUCUGCGCAAACCAUUUACUUGCCCUGCAGUCCCGCUGAUUUUGUAGCAUCGGCCCUGCUCUCAUCUCUCAAGAUACCCAUUCAAUUUUAUUUCCCUUUCUCUCUACUCCGUAGAGGCAUGGGUCUUCCGAAUGCCACACGCCCUUACAGGGACGAUGCGCCCCUCCCCUCUUCUGCUUCCGCUCACUCUCUCCAGCCAUAUCAGGACUUGGAGCCGGAAGAUAGCCCCCCAGCCUACAUGGAAGAAGACGCUGCAGCCGUCGUUCAGCCUGUCUCUAUCAUCACAGGACCCAACGAUCUCUCCUCGGUAACCCGCCUAGUGAGCUAUUACGAUAUCCCGGGCGGGCGAGUAAUAUCCUCUUCACGCGCCAAGAAGACCUACACGGUGACUCUGGCACCAGAACUCUCUCAGGACCCCGAAGCACUUAGUACGCUGGUUAAAUGUCAGGUCCAACGCCCGCCCAUGCCCGUGAUCGUUGUCAAGGGCACGCAUACGGUGACGAGGAAAAAUUCAGGGUCGAAUAAAGGGGGAUCCAAUAAGGAGACGGUUGUGGAUUUCGAUUUUCGCAUAAACUGUAUCAAUUCUGUCCUGCCGGAUGUUUUUACCUCCGGGAAUCGGUCUCGGUUUGUGGAGAUUGUUCAGGAUCAGGAUGGGAGAAAGGCCUAUAGGGGCGGGAGGUUUAAAAGUAAGGGUGCUAAUAAGAAGAGAGGGAGUUCCGGUGCCAAUCCAGGUCCGGAUCUUGAGGAGGCUCAGGGGUUGACGGCCGACAGUGGCGGACCCGAUCUGAAGGAGUGGUGCAGGCGGUUCUGCGAGGAUAAGUCGGGUGUUAAGUCGUGAGUUUUCACUGCCCCUUAUUUUCUCUUCAAUUGCAUGGGAGAUACGUGCACACAGAGGCUACGGGGGUAUACAGAGUGGCGAUAUACAUAAUGCCCCAAAAACUAAAACAACCCUCUCCUCCCUUUCCAGCUUCACCUUCCACCGCACCUUCGAAGCCUGGAACUACACCGCCAUCCAAAAAGGCAUCACAACCCUAAUCCGCUCCCUCAACUACCGCGGCCGCAUCUCCAUAGAACUCCACACCCACAACGCCCACUUAACCGUCUACUCCCCCUCCCUCAUCAACAAACUGCGUAUAAACACCUUCGUCUGGUGGGCUUGCAUCAUCCUCCAACUCUGGAUCCUCACCUGGCCCCUCCUCAUACUGCUGGAGAAGCGCUACGAACCCGUCACGGCCACCUGGUACGCCUGGUACAACGAGCAACACGCGUGCGGCCUUAGCGAGGCGAUGUGGUUAAAUGUUUUCACGCCGGUUAUUAAGCGAUCGGUGCUGGCGCGGGCGAAGGAUGGCGAGAUGGUAGGGCUCGAGGAGGCACAGGGGGCUGUGUAUGAGGCGGAGAGAGUGGCCCGUGGUGAAGUUGGGAGUACGGAGUCGGAGUCGGAGAGGGAGAGGAGGGAGAGGAUGCAGAGGGGCCAGGGGAGUUGGACAGAUUCUUUGGUGGGAGUGGUGAGGGGGGUGGCGGAGGUAGGGAGGGAGUAUAACCAGGCUGUUGGGUGGGGUGGAGAUUGCUGAUUGCUCAAGGUUUACUAUAACCGUUCCGCUUUCUUCGUGAUCGUUAUGCGGAUUGGCUGCUACCUAGGCAUGUGUAGGUGGAUAUAUUCUCAUAUUGUAAUCAUCUGAUAUUUAUUACGUGGUCCAUAUUUGUGGUGUAUAUGCAUUAAGUAUUUUCGAUUUAUCUGCGUUGAAGGGGACUUGUUAAGUGUAACUAUCUGAUCUUACAUAUUCAAAUGCAAGCGAUAAGGCAACUAAACAAGACAAGAUGUUCAUUUAAUGCAUCCGGAUACAUUCGAGGAUAUUCCCUUUUAUCUAUAAAUGUGAUGAUAUACCUUCGCUACUAAAGAAUCAAUUAGCAAUAUAACUUUUUUCCCGUG